AUGCUUAACGCGCGCUACCAGGGUGCCGUUGAAGCGGCUGCGUUUCUUCAGGGACUGCGUCGGCUUACCCUCGACCUCCUUGAUCCUCCGACCAAGUCUCGGCUUAGAGAAGAGGCAGAGCACCUCAAGCAAGCGAUUGGCGAGCUGAAGACAAAGCUCGAAAGCCUUGAAGAUCGUCUAAACGCGGUCCAGUAUGAUUUGUCCAGCCUCGUUUACCCCGUCAACACUCUGCCCAACGAGAUUCUAUGCCACAUUUUCGCCGCGGCCGUGUCGGCCUCGCCUCCGAGUCGCGCUGAAAUCAAUCGCACGCGCUUGCGGAUUACCGCCGUUUGUCAGCAUUGGCGCAGCGUCGCCAUUGCAGACCCGCACUUGUGGACACAGACAUACUACUUGGUCCAUCACACACGCGCCGAUGACCUGCUAUUCGAGCACUUCCUGUCACGUACACUCGGCCUACCAAUCAAAUACACUGUGACUUUAACCGACCUCUGGCCCGGGGAAUUGGCACCCGCUGACGCAUUUGAUUCCGUUGAUCAGUGGGAGGAAGCCUCGCUGACAAGCGAGGGUUGGCCAGGUGCUCUAUUGGAUGAAAGAAUUGACUGCCCUCACCUGACAAAACUUACUAUGAAUGUAGAGUUUACAGAGUCGGAGAUUGAGUCCACCGACUUGUUGAUGAACCUUCCCCGUCUGCGCGAGCUGUCUAUCGGUGCUUUACCUGGCUUGCUCUCUCGCCUGUCGUUUCCUACACAUCAAUUGAGGAAAUUGACCCUGCUUCAAGCUCAGGCUCCGACCGAGGAUUCAGAUACUAUUCUCCGCCUGCUAACGCAACUGGAGGGAUUGGAAGAACUCUCGAUGGACAUACUAUUCGAUGAUGAUUUCGUGGACGACGAGGACUGGGGCUCGAAGCCGCCCAUACGAUUGCCCCGCUUGUCGAUAUUGUCGCUGGGCGUGGCCUGGGAUUUCAUCUUGCAAUUUCUUGACUUGCCUGCACUGACAACACUGCAUCUCUCUCCCUGCUAUGAAGGGGAUUCACAGCUCUUGGAACCCUGCGUUAUCCGAUCAUCUGCGAACAUAACCUCUCUGUCCUUAGCGCCGGAGCCAAUGAGCUAUGGCGCUUACCGCACCUCCCUGUCUCCUGUUCUCAAUUCAGUCAAACACCUGACUGUAAAGCUGUUCCACAUGGAUCCUGAUGAGGCAAUGCGAUGUUCGGCAGACCUCGCGCGCCUCGAUUACCUCCCCAACCUCGAGUCGAUCACGUUGGUUGCUGACGUUGACAAUCCGCGCGGCGGCGGCGGCAAUGUCCAGCCGUUCCUCGAGGGAAUUGCCAUGAGGAUCGCAAACACGCUGUUUAGCGGUGUCUCGCACAAGAUGAAGCUCACUCGUCUUGUUCUCGACUCCACCAAGCCCGACAUGAUCGCGGCCGAGGACAUGCGUGACCUGGUAUACUUGCAAAAGAGCUUGAGGUCGAUGCAAGCGAAGUAG